CCUCCCAGUUUUGUUCACAGUGGACCUGGUCUGAGUCCAGACUGGCUGACAGCAGGAACUGCAGGAUCUGGACAGACCAGGAGCUCAGAUAUGGGAUGUGGACUGGGAUACCACAGCCCGCUGGACACCAUGAAGGCCAGCUGUACAGGAUGUGGACCGGGAUACCGCAGCCCGCUGGACGCCAUGAAGGGUCAUCGGGAGGAGAUUGUCUACCUGCCCUGCAUCUACCGCAACACUGACACCCUAAAACCUGACUACCUCGCCACCGUCGACAUUGACCCGAAAUCUUCCACCUACUGCCAGGUCAUCCACCGGCUGCCGAUGCCGAACCUUCAUGACGAGCUGCAUCACUCCGGCUGGAACGCCUGCAGCAGCUGCUUCGGCGACGCCUCCAAGAAAAGAAACCGUCUGAUUCUACCGUCGCUCAUCUCCUCCAGAGUCUACGUGGUUGACGUCGGGACGAAUCCCCGAGCACCACAGAUGCACAAGAUGGUGGAGCCUGUCGAUCUGUUCUGGAAGUGUGACCUGGCGAACCCGCACACCACCCACUGUCUGGGCAACGGUCAGAUCAUGAUCAGCUGUUUAGGAGACCCGUCCGGCAACGGCAAAGGUGGUUUCGUCCUGCUGGACGGUGAGACGUUCGAGGUGGUCGGUAACUGGGAGCACCCAGGUGAAGCAGCGCCCUUUGGAUAUGACUUCUGGUACCAACCUCGACACAAUGUGAUGAUCAGCACUGAAUGGGGUGCACCCAAAGCUCUGGUUGAUGGUUUUAAUCCAGCCCAUGUCAAAGAAGGUCACUACGGCAGCUCCCUCCAUGUUUGGGACUGGACCACCCAUAGGAAGCUGCAGACGCUCGAUCUGGGUGAAGAGGGUGCUAUUCCCCUCGAGGUCCGAUUCCUCCAUGACCCCAACGCCACCGAGGGCUACGUGGGAUGUGCUCUGCGGGGAACAGUCUUCAGAUUCUACAAAACACCAAAAGGUGACUGGGCUGCAGAGAAGGUGAUCAGUGUUCCCAGUAAGAAGGUAGAGGGAUGGGCGCUGCCUGAGAUGCCUGGUCUGAUCACAGACAUCCUGAUCUCGUUGGAUGACCGUUUUCUCUACUUCAGUAAUUGGCUGCACGGUGACAUCAGACAGUAUGAUAUCACAAACAGGAGGAAGCCACGAAUGGUCGGACAGGUGUUUCUGGGUGGAAGUAUCGUCAGUGACGGUCCGGUCAGAGUCCUGGAAGACCCCGAGAACCAGCCACAGCCCCAUCCACGCAUCAUCCAGGGGAGGCGUGUCCACGGAGGUCCUCAGAUGUUACAGUUGAGUUUAGACGGUCGGAGACUUUAUGUGACGACGUCUCUCUACAGCAGCUGGGACAAACAGUUCUACCCCGACAUGAUCAAAGAGGGUUCAGUGAUGAUGCAGAUCGAUGUGGACUCUGUUAGCGGAGGUCUCUCCCUGAAUGAAAACUUCCUGGUGGAUUUCGGUAAAGAACCCGACGGUCCGGUUCUCGCCCACGAGCUCAGAUAUCCUGGAGGAGACUGUACGUCUGACAUCUGGCUGUAAAAGCAUCCGACUGCACACUGAAGAGGAUGUUCAUGUUCUGGAUUUAUAUUUAUACACUUAUAAGUGUAUAAAUAUAAGUCCAGAACACGAAUGUAGUCAAAGAUAAAUAAACUCUCCGUUUUCAGUUUUUCUCAGUUGCUUCAGAACAUUUUGUGAAUCGGCUCACUGAGCGACACGACGCUUCGCUGGUCCUGCAGAACUCACCCAAAACAUCUAACUGUUAAUGUUUCAGAAGUCACUAAAUUCAUCACUCAGUUCGUCACAUUUCACUUUAAUCACUUCUAAAGAACUGAGUCAGUGUGACAGAAGAAACUGAUGUUUCUGUAUUUAAUUUCACAUUUAGACUUCCAGCUCAAUGUAAAGCGUUUCACAGGUGACUGACGAGUUAAUCAUUUAGUAAUAAUGAGACGGCUCAAACAUAAACAGUAAGACGACUGGAGCGCAAUAGAAAUGAUAAACAUUAGGCAAUUAAAAAUGCUUUACAUAAAACAUACAGACCAGAAACACAAGACAAAAUAAAAAGACACAUUUAAAUAGACAAAAAUAAAAGUAAUUAGAAUAAAACAAGAGAAUAAAAACGACAGUGCAGUGAGAGAUUAGAAGAAAUAAUCCCAAAUUUAACUUGAUUGACAGACUGAUUUAAAAGGACUAAGAGUCGGAGCUGCAGGUUUCAGAUCUGUGGAGCAUAAAACGUGAACGCUGCUGCUCCAGGUUUAGUUUGGACUCUGGGACAGGAAGCAGACCUGAACCUAGACCAUCUGAGAGCUUCACAGCGGAGCAGCAGAUCAGAAAUAAACCAUUCAGUGAUUUAUAACCAACAGGAUUGUUUUAAAGUCAGUGCAAGAAAAACAAGUCAACAGGAAAACUGACAGACGGGCGACGUCCUGGUCUGUAGAGCGCCGCGAUCACUGAAGAUAUUUCUGAUCAAACAUUUGUUUUCUUUAUUAAAGAAACAAGAAAUAAAUAAACUGUUGAAACAAAACAACUGAGAAAAACUGUGAAGGAUGAAUGAACUUUAAUUCCAACUAAAAUCAAACAUCAGAAUAUUAUGUCAUUAUUAAUCAUUUAAUGUCAUAUUAAUCAUUUAGUGUCAUAUUAUUAAUCAUUUAGUGUCAUAUUAAUCAUUUAAUGUCAUAUUAUUAAUCAUUUAAUGUCAUAUUAAUCAUUUAGUGUCAUAUUAUUAAUCAUUUAGUGUCAUAUUAUUAAUCAUUUAAUGUCAUAUUAUUAAUCAUUUAAUGUCAUAUUAAUCAUUUAGUGUCAUAUUAAUCAUUUAAUGUCAUAUUAAUCAUUUAAUGUCAUAUUAUUAAUCAUUUAAUGUCAUAUUAUUAAUCAUUUAAUGUCAUAUUAUUAAUCAUUUAAUGUCAUAUUAAUCAUUUAGUGUCAUAUUAUUAAUCAUUUAGUGUCAUAUUAUUAAUCAUUUAAUGUCAUAUUAUUAAUCAUUUAAUGUCAUAUUAAUCAUUUAGUGUCAUAUUAUUAAUCAUUUAGUGUCAUAUUAAUCAUUUAAUGUCAUAUUAUUAAUCAUUUAAUGUCAUAUUAAUCAUUUAGUGUCAUAUUAUUAAUCAUUUAAUAUCAUAUUAAUCAUUUAAUGUCAUAUUAACCGUUUUGUGUCAUAUGAUUAAUAAUUUAAUAUCAGAUUAAUCAUUUAAUGUCAGAUUAUUAAUGUUGUGGCUUGUUAAUUUUCUUCCUGCUGUGUGUGAAGUUUCCAUAAAUAUACAAUAGGCUACAUUCAUGUUUAUUCCUGUGAGUGUAUUUUGCCUUCAGGUAGCAAACUGACCAAUCAAAUCAUACAGCGCCACCUGCUGGUCAAACUGUAAACACAUGAUGUUUAAAUAAAGUUCUGUUUGAACGA